CAAUCAGUGACAUCAACAAAUGAUCUGGAAAUUGCGAUGAAGCUUCUCAUCCCAGCGUCAAGCUUCCAAAUUGCUUUGGAGGGAAGCGGACCGAAGACUGACUCCCAAUGCCUUUGUCACAUCCCAAUUCCAAUGCUUGAGGUGGAAACCACGAUGGCCAUUGGCGAGGUCAAAAAGGUGGGUCGAUGAAAUGCGGUUCAAGCGGUUGGUAUGCAGCGGUGUCACCGCAGCAAAACAACCCCCAAGGCCAAAGGAGAAAGAAUGGCUCUGGUUGAAGUACUCCGUACCUGUAGUGGAUCUACCGGAACGGUACCUUUGCCUACCCCGUGAUCCCAGUGAUUGGGCUCGUCUUUUCUUGUCUCCGCCACGAUACGAUCCACCUGUCUACCUACUCAAGUCUCCGCGACUCGCAAGAUCCUGUAUAUAGAGCCUGUCCGCUCUCUCCCACACUCUGUCCCUUCUCCACCCACCUUCCUUUUCAUUCCUUUGCCUGUGUGUCUUUCGCUCCGCUUCAUCAUGUUGUGGUCUUCCUCGUAUACCGCGGCGCUUGCCUUGGCAAUUGCCACGACCAAUGCCCAGGAGAGUCCUCUCAACUGGGCCACUUCUCCUCCACAUUAUCCUUCGCCAUGGAUGAGAGGUGCCGAAGGUUGGGAGGAGGCUUACGAGAAGGCAAAGGCUUUCGUUAGUGGCCUCACUCUGACAGAGAAAGUCAAUUUGACUACAGGUGUUGGGUACGUCUUUUUGAUUAUCAAUCCAAUUGCAUAUAUUCUACGGGUGUUUCUUUUUCCAUCGGUUUUUCCUCCUUUUGUAUUGUGGUGUUGGGUAUGUGGUUGCUGGAUAUCACGGGUGGGGGGUCUUGGAGGGGAUUCCUGCGCAAGGCGCCAAUUGUUUCCCUUGCAUAUUGGAGAAGAGGUGCUUCCAUUCAUGGGUUCCAUAGCAACAUUCAUGGGUUCCAUAGCAACAUUCAUGGGUAUCCAUUGCCAUGGAUACUAUUUCUUGCUUCUGGAAUUCAUUAUGGGGCUGGCAUGUUUGAGUUCCAUUGGUCUAGACUGGCCUAUUGGCAUUUCUGGCUUUACAGUUUUGGCCAGGCCCUCGCAAAUCUUGUGCGGAAGUUUGGUAGGGGUAGCCGGGUAGACAUGCUAACUUCCAGCCAGAUGGUCAGGAGAACAGUGCGUGGGAAACACUGGAUCAAUCCCUCGUCUGGAUUUCAGAGGACUGUGUUUACAGGACGGUCCUCUUGGUAUUCGUUUUAGUAAGUCAUAGAAUUCAUUGCUGUUCAACAGCAGUUACACAUGGCGCCAUUUCAUAUACUAACCACUUGUAGCUGAUUUGGCCACCCUUUGGCCCUCGGGAAUGAACGCCGGUGCUACAUGGUCUAGACGACUGAUGAAGGAGCGUGGAUUUGCUAUGGCUGAAGAGCAUAAAGGAAAGGGUGUUGAUAUACAACUGUCUCCCGUCGCGGGUCCACUUGGUCGUACGCCGCUUGGUGGUCGUAACUGGGAAGGUAUGCUUGAGUUCCUGAUUUUGGAAGAUGUGUGUGUUAAUCUCAUUUUGACAGGUUUCGCUUCCGAUCCUGUCUUGACUGGAAUUGCCAUGGCAGAGACAAUCAAAGGUAUUCAGGAUGCCGGUGUGAUUGCAACCGCAAAGCAUUUCAUUGGCAACGAGCAAGAACACAAUCGCGAUCUCACUGAUAACGGAAACACACCCGCCUACUCAGCAAACAUUGAUGACAAAACUAUGCACGAGUUGUAUCUUUGGUAAGAGCCUUAUCCACACAUUGCCAAAACCCACUAAUAGAAAUCUAGGCCAUUCGCAGAUGCAGUCCGUGCUGGAGUAGGAGCAGUUAUGAGUUCUUACAACCAAAUCAACAACAGUUACGCUGCACAAAACAGCUACCUGGUCAACUAUAUUCUUAAGAACGAAUUGGAUUUCCAAGGAUUCGUAAUGACUGAUUGGUGGUCGCAACAUACCGGUGUCGCCGCAGCCCUCGCUGGUACUGACAUGUCCAUGGGCGGAGAUAAACUAUUUGCGUCAGGAGACACCUGGUGGGGUGGUAGUUUGACUGAAGCAGUUCUUAACGGUACCGUCCCACAAUGGAGACUUGACGAUAUGGCGACAAGAAUCAUGUCUGUAAGUAUAGUCUGAGUCCACAUCACACCGACGUAUUAUGGCUCUAUUCCCAUUUUGGAUGAUCCUAGGCUAACUAUAUUCCUCAAUAGGCGUACUUCAAAGUUGGUGCUGACAAAGCUCGUGUUCCAAUUAACUUCAGCUCAUGGACCAAUGAGACGUUUGGUUGGCGACACGACCAAGCCGACGAAUACUAUGAGCAAGUCAACUGGCAUGUGGAUGUUCAAGGUGACCACAAGGUACUCGCUCGGGAGGUUGCUGGCGCCUCAACUGUCCUUCUGAAGAACAACGGUGUCCUUCCAUUGAGCGGCCCAAAGAGCGUCGCAGUCAUUGGUGAGGAUGCUCAUGACAACCCUGCAGGCCCAAAUUCCUUCGCAGAUAGAGGAGGAAAUGCCGGUACCUUGGCCCAGGGAUGGGGAAGUGGAUCAGCCAACUACCCAUACCUCCUCGCACCAGUAACCACUCUUCGAGCACAAGCUGCCGAAUCCAAGUCCGCUUUCACCAACGUCAGCGACAACUACAACUUCGAUGCUGUCACCCAAGCUGUGGCAGGCGCAGAGGUAGCAAUCGUGUUCGCUAAUGCCAACGCAGGAGAAGGAUACAUCACGGUUGAUGGAAAUACUGGUGACCGAAACAAUUUGACUUUGUGGGGUAACGGUGAUGCUCUCAUCGCACACGUUGCUUCUCAAAACCCCAACACCAUUGUUGUCCUACACACCGUUGGCCCAGUCAUUGUCGAGGACAUGAAGAACAACCCUAACAUCACUGCCAUCAUCUGGGCUGGUUUGCCAGGUCAAGAGUCCGGUAACGCCAUCACCGAUAUUCUCUACGGUGUCCGAAACCCAUCUGCCAAGACCGUGUUCACCUGGGGCAAGAAACGCGAGGAUUGGGGUGUGGAUGUCAUUUACACACCAACCACUGUUCCCAGUCAAAUGAACUUCGAUGAGGGUAUCAUGCAUGAUCACCGUCACUUCGAUCAGUUGGACAUCGAGCCCUCUUACGAAUUUGGAUUUGGAUUGUCAUACACCAACUUCACCUACAGCAACCUCCAAGUUGUUAAGCACACCCCAGAACCAUUCCAGCUAACCUCCGGAAUGACCAAAGCUGCUGAGACCUUUGGCACAAUCAACAUGAACGAAACCAGCGCGCAAUUCCCUCCUGGAUUCAAGAUUAUCAAAGGCUAUGUCUAUCCAUUCUUAACUGGACCAGUCUCCAGAAACCAAACCCAAAGCUGGCCCGACAAAUCUUCCGACCCAUCCCCUCAACCCAAGGUUGGAGCUGGUGGAUCGCCAGGUGGAAACAAACAGCUGUGGGAUGUUAUGUAUACCGUCACCGCCACUGUGAAGAACGUCGGGGACGUCAAGGGAACCGAGGUCUCUCAACUGUACCUCUCCCUCGGCGGAUCAACCGACCCCAAGCUCGUCCUGAGAGGAUUCGAUGAUCUCGAACUUGAACCACAAGAGGAAAAGACCUUCACCGUCGAGAUUACCCGCCGUGACAUCAGUAACUGGGACACCACCACCCAGAACUGGGUUAUCAGUGAGUCCGAGAAGACCAUUCACGUCGGAGGAAGCUCACGAUCCUUGCCACUUUCCGCCCCACUUGCAUAAAAGUGCCUCUUUGGGUCCUGGAAUGUUUCUUUUGUUUUCGUGUGUUUGUGUAUUUAGGACUGUCGAUACCUCUUUGCCGAGGCUCUAUUUUGAUACGAUGUGUAUAGUGCAUGUAGUGGAAGGUCGCUUGUUGAUGGGCUGUGAAUGAUAGGUAGAGAUACCCGAUACUGAAGAUCACUUGAUGAAAAAGGAAUUUGUAAGGGAAGAUGGAAAGAAGGUUAAUAGCUGGGAUUUAAUUAUAAUUAGCUUACGUGAAAACCAUUGAGGGUGGAAGAAUUUUACAUUUGAAAA